AUGCCUGCCGCAAUUGCUGACGCCCCGGCGGUUGCCAUGUCAUUUGCCAACAAUUUUUGGGGUAAAGACGAUGCUGGCGUCGGUCCCCUUCUCGAUCGCAUGAUAAAUUCGAAGCAAACCUGCGAUGAGCUCAAGUCAUUCUAUGGCGCACGAGCUGCGAUCGAAGAUGAGUAUGCCCGCAAACUGCUGAAUUUGAGCAAAAAGUCCCUAGGCACCCACGAAAGCGGCACCUUAAAGGCUUCCCUGGACACGGUCCGCAGCGAACUCGAGGCGACGGCCAAGCAGCAUCAAAGUAUUGCCGCGCAAAUGAAGACGGAGCUCGAAGAACCCCUGGCAGCGUUCGCGGGGGGGAAUAAGGAGCGACGAAAGAUUAUUCAAAACACGGUCGAGAAGCUGCUCAAAGUGAAGGUCCAGCAAACAAACCAAGUGAACAAGACUCGAGACAAAUAUGAACAAGAAUGCUUGAAAAUUAAAGGUUAUCUCGCACAAGGCCACAUGGUCAUGGGCCAAGAGGAGCGUCGAAACAAGGCCAAGCUGGAGAAAACGCAAAUCAGUCUCGCAACGUCUAACACGGAGUACGAAAAUGCCGUCAAGGUGUUGGAAGAGACGACAGUCCGAUGGAAUCGAGAGUGGAAGGCCGCCGCCGAUAAAUUUCAGGACCUUGAGGAAGAGCGACUCGACUUUACCAAGAAUAGCCUCUGGACAUUUGCCAACAUCGCCUCGACGGUGUGUGUCAGCGACGACGCAUCUUGUGAAAAGAUUCGACUUUCUCUCGAGAGCAUGGAUGUGGAGACGGACAUUAUCACAUUCAUAACUGAGCGUGGCACGGGCCAAGAAAUUCCUGAGGCUCCCAAGUAUAUCAACUUCGUCCGCGGCGAUGUUCAUGAUACCCAAUCUGAAGCUUCCGAAGAUGAACACAACUAUACCGUGGCGCAGUUUCCUCGGAGUAUCAAUCCGGCUUUCCGCUCAUCUUCACCUCAGCCUUCUACUUUUGAAUCUCACCAUGAUCCCAACUCGGCUCUAGCAAAUGAUUUGGCUCAUAGACCCCCCGUUAGGCCAACUGGCCGAGAUGGUGCCGCGACUCCCCAAAAGAGUCCUCAGAAGUUGCUUCCGGCUGGACGACCGUCCAUGGACGAACAGCACCGUAAGCAGCAACCUCCAAGCAUGGACGAUCGAUAUCGAAAGCAGCCGCCGGCGCCUGAGGAUCAGUUUCGCCGGCAGCUGCCUCCUGCAGAAGAGCAACAACAGCAGCAGUAUGGCAGACAGCCACCUGCAGCUGAUGACCAAUAUCGUAGGCAACCGCCUGCAGCCGAUGAUCAAUACCGUAGACAGCCACCGGCCACAGAGGAGCAGUUUCGUAGGUCUCAAACAGGCUCGCAGCCCCCCUCGCCAUACGAUAGUCUGCAUCAGAGUCCAAAGCCAUCAACUCCCCACGAUCCUUAUCCAAAGGAUGGAAUGACAAUGCUCUGCCGCCCUGGUGCCUCGUCAGCCAGCAGCCCUCAGAUCCAAUCUGCCAGGGCCUCUGGUCGGGACUCUCGCAGCGAAUAUUCCGAUCCCACAUCAAUUUCUAGCCAGGAGCCUCAAAGCGGCAAAAUGUCCCCGGUCAAACAAGAUCCGCCAGCCUCAGCAAGCCCUGACAAUCGGAUGCUUAAGAAGAAGAGCGGAUUUUUCCAGAACCACAGUCCUUUUAGACGCAAGAGCACCAAAGACUUGCAAGCCGCUGCCGCGGGUAACGGACAGCCCAGCAACAGAAACACUUGGCAUCCGUCUCAGUCCCAAGGAUCGACGAGUCCUGUGCGUCGACCUCAGCCCUAUGGUAACAGUGAGCCGCAGACCCGCAAUCUGCUGAAAGAACGGACCGCCAGCCCAGAACCGAUCGAUGCCAAUGCAAGCUUGGCCCUCGGUGUUGGCUCAAAUGUACUGCCCGUCACAACUCCUGACACCAGCCGGCAAAGACCACAACAGCCGGUCCAGAAGGCAGAGCCGGAGGACCCAAUUGCAGCAGCCUUGGCAGAGCUUAAGAAUGUCAAUGUGGGCAAGCAAGCCUCCGUGCGGAUGUCGGCCGAUCACUAUCAUGGCAUUUCCACCCCUGUUCCAAACACAGACGCUGCAGUCACUCGCGGCCCACCUCCGCCUUCAUAUCAGGCACAGACUCAGGUGACGAGGCUGGGCGUACCUCCCCCGGCUGUGACGUCUCGGGCCAUGAAGGAGGCUACUCAGAAGAUCACGGGCCAAGGCAGGAGCAUUUUUGGUGGUGAUGAUGGCCGUAGAGGGUCCGUGAGUAGCGUUGCAUCACCUAUUUCCCGCCCCGGCACUCGAGGCAAUGAUGGCUCGGUUUCUCCAGCCACCAAUCGCGGCGCAUCCCCUCAACCUCAACGGCGUAUGAGCAACGACCCUCGACAGACAGGUCGACAUUCAGUUUCGCCAAACCCUUAUCAUGACCAUCGGCGAAACGGCUCCACAACUAGCCUAUCGCAGCAGAAUCAAGGGUACUACCGCGGCGCAUCUCCUCAUGGGUCGACUCGAGGAUCGACCAGGGGUGCUUCGCCAAACCCAUACCGAGGAGAUUACAAUCAUUCUCAGAGCCGUCCGCCGAGCAGUUAUGGUGGGUCUGAAAUGGCGGUACAACUGGCUGGUGGUGGCGGCGGCGGCGGUGAUGAUCGAUAUGGCUCGACUCGAAGUCGAAGCUCUGUACGCCCAGGUUCCCGCGCCAUGGGCUUAUACGACGGAGGGCAUCAGCGAAGCAGGAGUGUCGCCGAUCCCUCGCGGCAAUAUUCUCGAGAUGGCCGACCAAUUCUACAUAUGGCACGCGCAAUGUAUAUGUAUCAGGCCGCUAUUCCUGAGGAGCUUGGCUUCGCUAAAGGCGACUACCUAGCCGUCUAUCGUCAUCAAGAUGACGGCUGGUGGGAGGCAGAAGUCCACAACGGAAAUGGCCAAAUUGGGCUGCUCAUGUCAAUAACCAGACUUAUCCUUUGGACCUUCAAGCUUCGCCUCCAAGCUAACGCUCGCUACGUGCGCCAGGAAACAUUCCAAGAGACCGCGCGCGUCGUCACCUCGAAGCCUGUCCAGAGAGCCGUUGUCAAUAUCGUAUUGCUCGUGUCUGGAGCAGUGACAUUGCUCUGCCUGGCCGCGGUUGCAUCUGUGCUCUUCUUCCAGAACUUUGUGCCCGACCAGUUUGUCACUACGCCGAUUCAUCUCCAAUAUGGGCUGAGCUCCAAUCCAUAUGGCGUUGCCGCGCUCACCGUGCCACUGCUGAAGUCGCAGCAAGACUACGACAUCUCCGUCACCCUCUCAAUGCCACGAUCUCUACCAAAUGUCGAGCGAGGGAACUUUAUGAUCAGCUUAUACUUGUUGGAUUCGAAAAUCAGCGAUACAUUAGAAGUGAGCGCGCGCAAAUUUGCCAACGACCACUCUGAUUUUGAGCAGAGCAACGUACUUUUUGCGUCACGGAGACCGGCCUUGCUCCCAUACGUCGAUCCUGUGGUGUCUUUGGCUUCGCGCAUUCUAUUCCUGCUUUAUCACCUGAUAGUUCCAACAGCACAGACUUGCGCAUUACAUGUACCGGUGGCAGAACGCGUCACCUUCCCGACAGAUUCUGCUAUCCCCUUGACGGCAUAUGUGGAGGUGGAGGCGGGACAAGGAAUUCAGAUUUACAGCACCUCGCUUACAAUGACUGCACAGCUCAGUGGUCUUCGAUGGCUCAUGUUCCAUUACCGUCUCCUGACCUUUAUCACAUUUACGAUGCUUUUCUGGGUUUGUGAACUCGCGUUCAUGAUGGUUGCUUGGGCCAUCUUGAGUUCUCUGCUGGGGACCUCGUCAGGCACCAUGGAGCUCAAGAGCCACAGAAGCCAGCGCCGGCCUACAACAGAAGGCAUGACUGACUCUGAUGAUUAUGAUGAGAAUGACGAUGGAGAUGAUCCGUCUGACUAUCCGCAACAAUUUCCUACUUAUGGAAAACAGCCCCCUUUGAAACAUGAGCCAGACGUCAAGGCCGAAGAGGAGCCUAGACAGCCUCUUCAUGAGAUACCCGUCGCUGGUGAAGAAGCCGAUGACGAAGAAGAGGAAGAUGGUGAGGACAAGUCACCUCGAGACUCGGGCAUUGGCACAAGCUAUAGCGGAGAGGGGAGCAGCAGCGUGCGGAAAAGAAGCACACGUCCAAGCCCAGAGUAG